GGCAGCGCGGAGUUCGGGUCUUGUAGGUGGUCGCCGUCUCCGCACCAUGAAGGGGGUUAGGGCCAAGAUGCCGCGGAGGCCGGCGCUGAAGAAGCCGUCGCCGCCCGGCCCGAAGGACCCCGUGGGGGUGUACUGCAGGGUGCGGCCGCUGGGCCGCCCGGACCAGGAGUGCUGCAUUGAGGUGAUCAACGAGAGCACGGUGCAGAUCCACCCGCCCGACGGAUACAGGAUAUUCCGCAACGGGGAGUACCGGGAGAUGCAGUAUUCAUUUAAGGAAGUGUUUGGUACCCUUGUUGCUCAGAAGGAGCUUUUUGACGUAGUGGCUAAACCUCUCGUGGAAGAUCUCAUUCGUGGGAAAAACGGUCUCCUUUUUACAUAUGGGGUGACAGGCAGUGGGAAAACCCACACUAUGACAGGAUCUCCUGGUGAUGGAGGACUUCUCCCACGGUGUUUGGCUAUGAUCUUCAACAGCAUAGGACCGUUCCAGGCCAAGAGAUUUGUUUUUAAGCUUGAUGACAAGAAUGGUGUGGAUGUUCAGUGUGAAGUAGAUGCUCUGUUAGAGCGACAAAAAAGAGACGCCAUGCCUGUUCCCAAAACUCCUUCUGGCAAGCGACAGAUAGAUCCAGAGUUUGCUGAUAUGAUCAACGUGCAAGAUCACUGCAAAGUGGAAGAAGUCGAUGAAGAUAAUGUCUACAGUGUCUUUGUUUCUUACAUCGAGAUCUACAACAACUACAUUUAUGACCUCCUGGAAGAGACUCCAUUUGACCUGAUAAAACCCAAACCUCCACAAUCCAAAAUACUUCGUGAGGACCAGAAUCACAACAUGUAUGUCACAGGAUGCACAGAAGUAGAGGUGAAAUCCACGGAAGAAGCUUUUGAAGUCUUUUGGAAAGGGCAAAAGAAGAGGCGCAUUGCAAACACUCAGCUGAAUCGAGAAUCUAGUCGAUCUCAUGGAGUUUUCAUUAUCAAGUUGGCUCAGGCACCUCUGGAUGCAGAUGGAGAUAAUGUGCUGCAGGAGAAGGAACAGAUCACUUUAAGCCAGCUGUCCUUAGUUGAUCUAGCUGGAAGUGAAAGGACUAAUAGAACAAAAGCUGAAGGGAACAGGUUGCGAGAAGCAGGUAAUAUUAAUCAGUCAUUAAUGACAUUAAGAACAUGUAUUGAAGUUCUACGGGAAAACCAGAUGUAUGGAACAAACAAGAUGGUGCCCUACAGGGAUUCCAAACUGACUCAUCUCUUCAAGAACUAUUUUGAUGGCGAAGGGAAAGUGCGUAUGAUUGUAUGUGUUAAUCCUAAAGCUGAGGACUACGAGGAAAGCCUGCAAGUCAUGCGUUUUGCAGAGAUGACACAGGAGGUGGAGGUUGCAAGGCCUGUCGAUAGACCCCUGUGUGGUUUAACACCGGGACGGCGCUUCAGGAACCAGGCCUUCAGAGAGGAGCUGGCACAGAAACUGGAGAUUCGAGGCGGCCCAAUUAGUGGAGAAACAGAAGAGCAAUCUGCUUCAGAAAUACUUCUGCAGAACUUUCCUCCCCUGCCUUCGUGUGAGCUAUUGGAUAUUAAUGAUGAUCAAACUCUUCCAAAGCUUACUGGAGUCCUGGAAGAACGCCACAAACUACGACAGAAGUUGUCAGAGGAGUUUGCCAAAAAUGUGCUUACAUUUAAAACUAUACUGCGAGAGCUUGAUUCCAGCGUUAUGUCCAAAGAAAACCAUUUUCAAGGGAAACUGUCUGAGAAAGAGAAAGUAAUAACAGGACAGAAAACGGAGUUAGAACGCCUGGAGAAGAAAAUUAAAACUCUGGAAUACAAGAUUGAGAUUUUAGAGAAAACUGCUACAAUUUAUGAAGAAGAUAAGCGUCAUCUUCAGCAAGAACUAGAGAGCAAGAGCCAGAAACUGCAACGUCAGGCUUCUGACAAGCGUAGGUUGGAGGCACGGCUGCAAGGCAUGGUUGCUGAAACAACCAUGAAAUGGGAGAAGGAGUGUGAGCGGCGUGUAGCAGCAAAGCAGCUGGAAAUGCAGAACAAACUUUGGGUCAAAGAUGAAAAACUGAAGCAGCUGAAGGCCAUUGUUACUGAACCAAAGAAUGAAAAGCCAGAGAGGCCUUCACGGGAGAGAGACAGAGAGAAGCCUAUUCCGAGAUCAGUCUCUCCAACACCAGUACCUAAUGCACCUCCAGUUCGUCUCAGGCACAGACGGUCGCGCUCAGCUGGGGAGAGAUGGGUAGAUCAUAAGCCACCUUCUAAUCUGCCCACUGACACAGUCAUGCAGCCACAUGUCCCUCAUGCCAUCACAGUAGCAGCUGCAAGUGAAAAGGCACUAGCUAAGUGUGACAAGUACAUGCUGACGCACCAGGAGCUAGCCUCUGAUGGGGAGAUUGAAACAAAACUAAUUAAGGGUGAUGUUUUCAAAACCAGAGGUGGUGGACAGGCUGUGCAGUUCACAGAGAUAGAGACCCUAAAGCAAGAAUCUCCAACUGGUCGAAAGAGAAGAUCAUCACCUUCCAAUGCUGAUCCACCGGAGGAUGCUGCAGACUCUGAAUGGACUGAUGUGGAAACCAGAUGUUCUGUGGCAGUGGAAAUGAGGGCAGGAUCUGCCCUUGGACCUGGAUAUCAGCAUCAUGCUAUGCCCAAAUAGGUGCUGGCAAUGCUGUGGAAGUCACCUGUUCAACUCAGGGGAAGACAAUUUGCAGUUUUGCAAGACGUUUACAGGGAGGAGAGAGGGCUGGAGAGGUAAAGAGGUUUCUACAAAGCCAAAGCAAACCAAACUGAUUAUCUUCAGAAUCAAAAUAGUAAGAAUUAGUAAAACACAGGUUCUCAUCUCUCGCGUGAUGUGUAUUAUUUGUACGUAAAGGCUUUAGAACUGCAGUGGCAAGGUGUUCUGGGGAGUCUCAGAAAUGAGUAGUUCGUGUUCUGGGUAAGGUCACAGAUGUCUGUUGCUGUGUUGAUGUGCACUCCAUCACGCUUCUCACGGAGCCUUUUCAGGGUGGCUGCUGCUACUGGCAGCCUUGCUGCAGCCUUACAGCACUGCAGUCAAUCCUGUAGUUUUCCUGUGUAUUGAACUGCAACUUCUAUUUAUUUAGCGUUAAUACAUUGAAAUAAAACUUUGUUUUAAGCCCGUGGCUAUUUUAAAAACAUGAAAACAGAAUUAAUCUGUUUCUGGAUAAAUAAACUCUUUGCUUGUAGCAUUUCUUAGCACAGGAGGUACAUGAAAUUUAUGCAUACAGAGAGCAGGUAAAUGGGUUAUUGACUGCUGUUACAGAGAACGACUGCUGUGGAAGAUCUGAAAGUUGUUUGAUUGCCUUUUUUUCUUGUAGGCGAAGAAAGCCAUGAACUUAACGUACUGCUGCGUUGGAAUCUUGUUGACUUUUAUCAGACUUACCUGCUGCCAGUGAUAAACUAACUGCUUUGUUAUCACUACAAGCUUGUAUUUUUUUUAUACUGGCCUAUGCUAGGCAAUGGUUACAUGGAAAAUCCUUUUUGCAAACCCGAAGAAGCGUAUGAGUGGGUGCAAAUGCUUUCAGUGGACAGGGGGAGGUUCUACCAUUGCACGCUGUGGACUUCUGAAGAAAUCCUUCUGUCUUGUAUGUAUGAAGCCCUCGUUAUUAAGCUGUACCUUUAUAGAGUAACGACACAAGGCUUCUGCCUUGCAUGUUUUUCAGCUCUUUAUAGGAUGUACUUGUACUCUGGUCACUAUCCCUUUCUUGUCAGGCCCUCUGUUUUGAAGAGGUGUAAAUGCUGCAAUUUAUUCUGAUGCAGUAACGCACUUUAAGAGUGUUCCUAUGCCAUUUCAUAAAUUACUAUAGCCAGCAGCAGCUUGGUAAUGUACAUUUCUUCUUGGAAGAAUUACCUUUAAUUAUUUAAUAUACAAAUCAGCUUGUGAAAACAACUUCAAUCUCAGUCUUCUAGUCUUCAUGGUAACAAAACGAGAGUACCAAGAUGAUGAGUAAUAAUGACUUGACAUCAUGGCUACUUUAUUUUGUAGUGCGAGUAAUUAAGUAUUUUACACCUGUAGAUAUGGGGUAAAAGGGUAACGUGCUCACAGAUAUGGUGAGGACCUUAUAUACAUGGCUCUGCAAGCAUGUUAAAAUAAAUACUCUUAUUCAA